GCUUUAUCACUGGGGAAGUAUGGCAAACAAUGCCUCUCCUCAACAGAAUCAGAAUCACUGUUCAGCCAUCAACAACAGCAUCUCACUGAUGCAGGAAAACCUCCCUACCCUGACCUUAUCUGGGAAGAUUCGAGUGACAGUGACUUUCUGCCUUUUUCUACUCUCCACCACCUUUAAUGCUUCUUUCUUAUUGAAACUUCAGAAGUGGACUCAGAAGAAAGAAAAAGGGAAAAAACUCUCCAGAAUGAAGGUGCUUUUAAAACAUUUGACAUUAGCCAACUUGUUGGAGACUCUGAUUGUCAUGCCACUGGAUGGUAUGUGGAAUAUUACAGUCCAAUGGUAUGCAGGAGAGUUCCUCUGCAAAGUCCUCAGCUACCUGAAGCUUUUCUCCAUGUAUGCCCCAGCUUUCAUGAUGGUGGUGAUAAGCCUGGAUCGUUCCCUGGCUAUCACCAGACCACUAGCUGUGCAAAACAACCGCAAGCUUGAACAGUCCAUGACCAGCCUGGCCUGGAUUCUCAGUAGUAUUUUUGCUGGACCACAGUUAUAUAUAUUCAGGAUGAUCCACCUAACAGAUGGUUCUGGACAAACAGAAAUUUUCUCUCAAUGUGUAACUCACUGCAGUUUUCCACAAUGGUGGCAUCAAGCCUUUUAUAACUUCUUCACUUUCAGCUGCCUCUUCAUUAUCCCUCUUCUCAUCAUGUUGAUCUGCAAUGCAAAAAUCAUCUUCACCCUGACACGGGUCCUUCAUCAUGGUCCCCACAAACUACAAUUGAAUCAAUCCAAGAACAAUAUACCAAGAGCACGGCUGAAGACCUUGAAGAUGACAGUUGCAUUUGCCACUUCAUUUAUUGUCUGCUGGACUCCCUACUAUGUCCUAGGAAUUUGGUAUUGGUUUGAUCCUGAAAUGUUAAACAGGGUCUCAGACCCAGUAAAUCAUUUCUUCUUUCUCUUUGCUUUUUUGAACCCAUGCUUUGAUCCACUUAUAUAUGGGUAUUUCUCUCUGUAAUUGACAGAUUACACAUGAAGUAAUAUAAAGAAAAKCAAGGUAAUUAAUUUAUCCACUUGGGAACGACAAGAACAAAGUUGCAACAUAUUACAUAUAAAAAAAGCAGGAUUUAAGUUUCAGUUAUCAUUCUUCUUCUUUUUAGAAAUCAUAUUGUCAAAGUCUC